UCCAUGGCUUCCAACAAAAACAACAUUAAAAUCCAUGAACACAUCAAAGUUGUUCCUCCAUCAUCAUCUACCCAAACAACAACAACAACUCCUCUCACUUUCUUCGACAUAAUUUGGCUAAGGUUUCAUCCUGCAGAGCGAAUCUAUUUUUACACACUCCAUGAUCCACACUCUCACCCUUCUUUUUUCUUUCAAGAAAUUGUUCCAAAUCUCAAAUCUUCACUCUCUUUAACCCUCCAACAUUUUCUCCCGUUAGCUGGUAAAAUCGUUUGGCCUUCUGAUUCUUCAAAACCAUUCAUUCAAUUCGAUCCGAGUGAUGAUGAUAUUGGAGUUUCAUUACACAUUGUAGAAUCUGAUGCCGAUUUCAAUCAUGUCAUCGGAAACUCACCCCAUGAAGCUUCUUUGUCUCGUUCUUUUAUACCUCACUUGGAAUCAUCAGAUUCGUUUUUUGCGUCUAUCAUUUCACUCCAGAUCACUUUUUUCCCAAAUUGUGGUUUCAGCAUAGGAAUCACUGCACACCAUGGUGUUUUUGACGGAAAAUCUUUAUCCAUGUUCAUUAAAGCUUGGGCUUAUCUAUGCAACAAAAUAAUUGGACUUGAAACACCAACUUUGUUGCCAGAGUUAGAGCCUUUAUUCAACACAGAUAUCAUCAUAGGCACAAAUGAAAAUAACUUAAUCAAGAUCUUAUCCAAGAUAUUCCCAAGUGAAAAAGGAAAUGAAAGAAGCCUAAAGAUUUUUCCUUAUGAACCAAAACUCGAAGACUCUCUUCGUGCUACGUUCAAGCUCACACGUGCAGAUUUGGAUAAAAUCAAGCAAGAUGUGCUAUCCAAAUGGGAAAUAUUCAAUCCAAAUGAAUCAAAGCCACAAACUUUAUCAUCAUUUACUCUCACUUGUGCUCAUUCACUUGUUUGUAUAGCAAAAUCUAUUCAUGAAGUUGAACAAGAGAAAGAAAAGUUUGCUUUUGCUUUUGCAAUAGAUUGUAGAGCAAGGUUGGAAACUCCAUUACCAAAUAACUAUUUUGGUAACUGUGUAUUGGCUAGUUUCAUUAAUACACAACCAAUUGAUUUCAUAAACGAAGAUGGUGUCUUUGUAGUUGCGAAGUGUAUUUAUGAGAAAAUAAAGAUGAUAAAUAAAAAGGGAAUUUUUGAAGAAAGUAUUUUUGAUUUGUUUGAUAAAUAUAGAACUUUAAAUAAUGAAGGAUAUGAAACUUUUGGUGUUGCUGGGUCUAAUAAACUAGGUGCUUAUAAGAAUAAUUUUGGUUAUGGAAGGCCAGAAAAGGUGGAGUUAGUGUCCAUAGAUAAAGAUUUAUCAAUUGGUUUUGGAGAUAGCGGUGAUGGUGAUGGUGAAGUUGAAAUUGGUCUUGUUUUAAAUAAACAUGUAAUGAAUACCUUUAGCACUUUGUUUCUUGAAGGACUAUGUGUUAAUUGA